AUGGCUCUAUCCGACGAAGACGUCCCCGGCGACGAGGAAGCCGUCGUCAGCCAUGAUGCGCCCCUCGAGAGCUCAGCGCAACUGGGCAUCGCAGCCUCCCCAUACUCACCAACCUCCCUCGCCGCCGUCGACACCGCCAACGACGAGCACGUCGACUCGCCACCGGCAGCGACACCAGCACCGGACGUGACGCGCAAGCAGUCGUCGACGGCGGCGCGGGCCGUGGCGCUGGAGCUCUACAACCUCCACACGCCCAUGCACGUCAUCACGCAGCGGACGGGCAUCAAGUCGGGUGCCUUUUACGCCCUGAUCCGCAGGGCCACGCAGAGGGGCUUCACCCGCGGCAGCCGCGUCCUCGACGAGCACGUCGUCGACGGCCAUCGCUCCGGCAGGCCGCAGACGGCGGAGCGCGGACGCGACGGCAAGCGGAAGCGGAGGAGGAAGGCGGCCGAGGCCGACAAGGCGGGCGGUGAUGAUGGCACGGGGGAGAGCGUGCCGACCCCUGGCUGA